UCGGUCACAUGGAUGCAGCAUGACCAUGAGCUCCCCUUGUUUCCUUUCCAGCAAGCACCAAGCACAAGCAGUGUCACCUACUCAACAAGGCAAUCAAGCAGCUCCUUCUCUAGCUUUCCCUCAUCUUUAUAAACCAGGCCCCUGUCUCUUCUUGACAUCCGCUCCACAGCACAGCUCCAGCUUGGUACCGGUGCCUGCUCUGCUGCAGAGGAAGGAGAAUGGCCAGAGGGGCUCAGCCAUCUGCGUCGCUCCUGCUCUUCUCUUUGGGGCUUGUGCUCUUCUACCUCGCCUCAGGAAGCAGCGUCCGUGUGGUGGAAGGACAGAAAACUUGGUGCGUGGCGAAGCCGUCUGCGUCGAACGAGAUCCUGGCGUUGAACCUCAACUACGCGUGCUCUCAGGUGAGCUGUGCGGUGAUCCAGAGAGGCGGGCCGUGCUACUACCCUGACAACCUGGUGUCGCGCGCGGCGGUGGCCAUGAACCUCUACUACGCCUCCAAUGGCAGGCACGCCUGGAACUGCUACUUCAAUAACUCGGCUCUCGUCGUGCAGUCCGAUCCAAGUUAUGGUUCUUGCACCUACUACUGAUUGGAGCUGAUCGAUGCCGUGACUGCUGAUCGAGUAUUUUACAAGUGUCGGUUUGUUUAAUGGAUGAGGAACACCGGUAUAUCAUAUUGUUUGUAUCCUAACCCAAUUGUAUGGAGAUUAGAUUUCCAACUUAUUGAUGAGAUCCAUUAUGUACUAAAAUGUCGCUUGCCGUUCGUUGGUAUUGGUACAGUAGAAUCUAGAGUUCAGAAUUCCUGCGAAAUCUUGUGGCAGAUCAGAAAUGCACAUCUCCCAUAAAUGAAAGCAAAACUGUCUUGAAUGUAAACAUUUGUUUUUUAUCUGAGGAAA